UUGCUGUUUUGUGUAAUUUCACACUUAUUCAUUCUUGAAAGCGUUCUUUUAGUUCUUAGAACUAUAUACCGUUAAGUAGCUUCAUCAGCAACCUUCGAGCAUAUACUCCUGCGUCUACUGCUCGAAGUCAGCAACACGUCGAAUAUUGCCCAUUCUCGUCCCAUUCAUCUACUCAUAACUGUUUAUAUGACGUAUACCAAUUUUGCGAAGGUUGUAUGACCAAAAACAAGAUUGCGGAGGCUGGAGCCCACCUCAUUUGCAAUUCACAAAUGCUGCUUUAACUACCACAAAAUCAGUUUCUAACUGUGAAAUAUUACCAAAGGCAGUUACCAACAAUAAACAGAAAUGAAUUCUUCAGUUAUCCUCCUUAUUUUUGCCCUUGCGGCCUGUGUUUUUGCCGCCAAGGACAUGAUGAGGAAGAGCAUAGUCUUCGACAAGAACACCCCCGACGUUUUCUACUGUCCUAUUCACAAACCGACAGGAUUUGACAAGCUAAUAGUGAAAGCCCGAUCACUGAAAAAGCUUUGCGAGUUUGAGGGAAACCCCCUACCGGAAGACUAUAAGAGCGAUUGUUACCAGGAUGUGGACGAGUCCGAUUACGCCUGUAAAGAGAAGUACAGGAUUAUGAUGAGAAUGCACCCCCCAGGUUCCGACGAUGAAUACGAUGGCACCAGAAUGGCCCGUUUCAUCGAUGUCGAUAAAGAAUACUACGUCAUGAAAAUACUGGACAAAAAAGGCAAACCUAAAAUCCAUCUAGCCAACCGACUAGGCUGAACGCUUGUGUUAUAAUGCCACAGUAAUAUGACUAAUGUUACUAAUUUUUAUAUGAUUGUUAAUUUUUUUAAUUCUAUUUUUGUUAACUAAAAGACAAAUACAUAAAGACGCAAGACCAAAUUUAAAAAUAAAUGAUUAUAGUUUCCAUGAAACUAAAUUCCUUGAACAUUUCCUAUCGCUGGCACUUCAGAUUUUUUAAAGAUUUAUAAACUAAUAAAUUAAAAACCAAUGAUAUACGUACUUGUAAUUAUCGAAAAUAUUUGCAGAAAUUCCUCUAUCUUUUAGAUAAAAAAAUGUAUGCUCUGUUUGUACAUACU